GCGUUCACGAUUUCCUCUAAAACAAAAUCGAGCGAGAAAGUCUGAAAAUCUACAGUUUUGUGUGCUGGUGAUGCGUUAACAGAUUGAUGAUGACAUCUACCCACACUUCAGAGAAGGAAAUAUCCUCUAUUGUGGAAGGAUAUAGGAGUCCUUAUGACAGCCAGACAGAAUGGGAACUCAGACGAGACUUCAUGAUAGCCAACUACAGAAGAGUAAACAUGGAAUCGCUGGUAUGCCUUGCUAACUGUUACUUGAAUGUGGAGAUGUAUGGAUGUAGGUAUCCUGCAUUGGUUAUGGGACAGAUCCAAGAAAUGAGUAGUAGUCUAAACUUAAACCCAUGUACCAGUAAAGCAGAAAAUCUGCCAAAGAGAAUGAAGGGGAUGGAGACUGUUCAGUUUGUGAGGCAGUCAGAUACAGAAGCAGCAAAAAAGCAGAAGGAAACAUCCAUUUGUACAAAUUUGUCCAGUUCUGAUAAACCAUCUUCUGUCUCUAAAAAUUUACAAGAAGCAGCUAAGAAGACUACAGCAAAACCAAACUUUCACUUUGUAAAAGCCAGUUCAGAUUUCCAUAGUACAGAUGUUGCCACUGAAAGUAUCAAACAGAAAUUAAUGAAAGAAGAAUUCAUGGCAAGUUGUCAACCACAGCCUGUUGUUGAUCAUUUGUCAGCUCAGAAUCCAAACCAGAAAUCUGGACUAGGUUUUGUUAAAAAAGAAAAAAUAACAGAUGCUGUUGGUCCUGAAAUGCCAACAAACUCAUUCAUAAGUGAAAUAGACAAUCAGUUUCAUGCAUUUUCUAAUCACUAUGCCACAUAUAAAAGGAAACAUCCACAGAGAUCUCCCAUAGAUAUUUUUCAUAUGGUUGCCAUGAAAACCAGAAUGAAGAUAGAUACUCAGUUCAAUGAUGUUUCUGUAAAAGGGCAGAAUAAAUUCACUUGUACUGUUGUCAUUGACAAUGUGGACAUAGCAACAGCUGAGGAUUCAAAUAAGAAAGGGGCCAAAAAUAAAGCUUUUGAAAUUGGACAGGAGAAAUUGUCACGAAAAUGUAUCAAAGUAGUGAGAGUCAAUCCCGAAAAGCAGGAACUUCAGGCCUUUGAUGAGGAACCGGAAAAUGAUCCUGGCUUCAUAAAAACAGAAGUUGAAGAGAUACCAGCCCCCAAAGCCAAGCCUGUCAAAAGGAAGGAAAGUGAGUUACAUGGUGAUCUAACUAGAUUUAUCAUCUUUGAGACAGCAAAUACAACUCAGAAUGCCAUAUCUGUUCUCAAAACUAGUGCUGAUAUGAAUCACGCUGAAUUGGAGUACGAUUUUCAUCCUGAUAUGUCAGGUACACGAUGCAGAGUUCUUUUAGAUGGGCACAAUCUGGUUGAGUAUAUGGGGACAACAAAAGCCUCAUCAAAGUCAGUGGCAUCAGAAAAGGCCCUUGAGAGAUUGAAACAGAUCUGCUGGACAAUCAGGAUCAAACAGGCUGUUGAUGCCAGUGAGUCUGAAGUGAGCAGAGAUAAAGUCAUGGGGGAAAUUCAAAAACAGGUUAAAACAAUAUCUGAUGAUAAUAUAGGCAGCCGACUGUUAAAAAAAAUGGGAUGGACAGGGGGAGGAGUAGGAGCAAAAGGAAACAAAGGAUUGGCUGAACCAGUUGCCGUGACGAUGACCAAUCACAUUCUUUUGAACAGAGAAGGACUUGGGUUACAUGGUGACCAUGCCAAGGCUAUGGUGGACUUCAAAAAGAAAAUCACAGAAGUGAUUAACGACUAUGCAAAGUCUGAAAAACAAGACGAUCUGGCCUUUUCUCCAGAAUUUAGCAAAGAGGAGAGGGCCUUCAUUCAUCAGUAUUCUCAAAAACUUGGACUGAAAACCCAAAGUAGGGGCACGGGAAGUGAGAGGUACCUGAUCAUAAGUCGUAAAAGGAGUGUGUCCCAGCUGUUUGAUCAUAUCAUGGAAGAAGGAGGUGCCACACACAAGUACGAACUCAUUCCACCAUUGUACGACUCAUAAAGAGGAUCCGCCACGCUCAGUAAUACCUUACAAACUGUUUCAGGAUAUAUCUGUAGUACUUUUAUGUUAUGUGUGCAAGAAUUUGUUCAUUUUUAGAUUUGAUGAUUUAGAUUGUACUUACUUUUCUCUGAACUUACAUUUGUAAAAUGUGCCUUUGUCAUGUAGUUGGACAUAUUUUUGUUUUUUUUUCACAUAAUUUUUUGUGAGAGAAGUAAAUGUAUCUG